AUGAUGCUAAUGAGACCGGCCAUGUUCAGCUUCAGCUAUCCCACCGGCGAACCUCAGACCCCGACGAGGACUCCCACCACGACCGCUUUCGAUUCCUUCACCACUCCCAAGCUCGAGUCCAGCUUCUUCGACCCCCGAGUCACCUGGGAUACCGCAGACCCCUAUGCCUCGAGCCCCGAGUUCCUCCGUUCGCCGCAGAAGUUCGGUAUCGGCACCCCCUCGAACGGAUUGAGACCGGAGGUCCCGAAGGAUGGGAGAGCCUCGGAGCAGACCAAUACGGCCAGACGAAUCCGGUCCGUAAAACCGCUGCCCAGUGUGGUCGAGGACGGUCCGCAGGUGGGCUCGGCCAAGUCUGCGGCCUCCAUGCAGACGCCGCCUCCGACAAGCGCGUCAAGACGCAAGAUCCCCGACUUUGAGACGGUCAACGGUUCUGCGAGAGGGAAUACACCACGAAUGGGGAACCACCUCGAAACCCCCAGUCGUUUGAUGGGGGCGUCUCCGCGGAUGUUCGGCAAUCUACACUCCUCGCCGGACCUCUUCCAGUUGGCCUCAAUGGAUCCUUCGGCGUCUCCCUUCUUUCCACAACAACGACUGUUCUGGGACCAAGAUCACGAGCAAGUGGCCGCUGAUAUCCCUUUACCCGGCACCGGUCGAAUCAAUGAGCACGUACAGAGGCCGACGUCCCAAUCCUCUAUGAAUAUUCACAUCCCCCAAUUGCCCACCAUUGAUGGCACCAUGGAUCUGCCCGACUUUGGUGGAUUUGGGAUCUCUUCCGCGCCGCCCACCGAUGCCGCUCUGUUCCCUGCUCCCUUCUCAACCUCUCCACGUAUUCCAGUCGCCAAGGCAGAGGACCCCUCGAUGUUCUUGAGUUCUCCUGCACGGCGCUUCGGCGGCCCUCAACUGACGCCCGAGAGAAGGCCACUCGGAAUGCGGCAGCCCUACCACCACCAAACGGAAGAGUCGAAACGAGAAGAGUUUCGCCGGGCUCAGGGAGGGGAGGCACGACCUCCCAGAUCGUAUUCAAGUUUCUCAGAGGACGAGACCGAAGAUGACGACUUCACUCCGCGUGGUCGUCCUGGGCUGACCCGAAGUGUGACGCAUACCGCCAUCACUAGCUCUUCUCAUCGACCGCUCAGUCAAGCUGGGGGCAUGAUGGCCUCGACGAGCGGAAUCCGUAAGAGCCCUUCAAAAGGCGGAGCGUCUCCAGCCAAGAACAUACGACCGACCCCCCUGGGACGGUCCAAUUCGGUUGCUACCGGGCUUCCAACUAGAUCCUCCUCGGUGGUGCUCCGCAUUGGCCGGGAUGGCCGCGCAAAGACUGAGAUGCAGCCUGUGGACGAGGGGCCUUCUGGGCUGACGGAUCCCCUGACCGGCAUGGAUCUCGAUGGUUCGGCUACCGAGAGCGAGGUCGACCCUGCAGAGUACUCUGAUUAUCCCGUUCUACCUCGCGCUCAGUCUUCCUUUGGACUUUUUGAUGGCAGCCAACCUCCUCUUUGUCGAAGUGACUCCGGUUCUCGUCCCCCUUCAAAAGGAUCCUACACCUCUAUUAGCUCGUCCCAUUCAGGACGGAUGUCCCCUUGGACAGGCUCCUCCCGAGGUGUUAGUGGUCGAUCUACCUACCGGGGAUCCCCCGACGCUAUCAAACGGACACCGAAGCGGCACUCGUCAUUCCUCCCUUCUGAUGCGUCGUACACCCGCGGCAGUGUUGCAUCUCAAACACUCCCCGGUGAUGAGGAUGACAAUGGUGAUGCCACCCAUGCCCUCCGACAGGUUCUGAAAGACCGUGGCCGCGGUCCCAGGCCUUCCACCGGUGGCUAUGGUGCUCGACUUCCGCGUUCAUCUCACACCUUCACCCACCUCACUUCUUCACCUCCUCGUUUGAAUAGCGACUUCGAUAUCCACCCUCGACACUCUAAUGCCUCUCCCACUACCUUGACCGAUCCUGAUCUGGCCACCCCGAGCACCGACCGCAACAUUAGCAAUCCGAGCAACGGCACGCGCUGCAUCUGCAACUCGAUGGACAACGGCGGCCAUCUCAUGAUUCAGUGUGAAUCAUGUAAUCACUGGCUACACACCAAAUGUGUCGGGUUGGAGCGCGCAAACCUGCCUUCAUUUUAUGUCUGCAUGUUCUGCGACCAUACACCUUCACGACAAAACCGUGUCCGGUCAAGCUACGGGCCCGGCGGUGGGCCUCCAUCACCUCUGGCACACAAGUCAUAUCGAUUCCGGUAG